AUGGAGUGUACUAUAAUUCUUCUUGACUGUCAUCCAAAUACACAAGUUUCUUGUGUUCCGGAACCCACGGAUUCCACAAUUGUUCCACCAUGUCCUUUAUGGUCUUGUUUUGUGGAAGCUACGCUGGAAUAUUGUCGCGUUGUGUUUGACCUUUUCGAUGCUGGUAGUAAAGCACCACCGAUAUCCGUUCAUGUUGCUGGUGUUCCUUUAGAACGUAGCAUACUUAACAAUUGGAAUGAACAAAAUUUGAAACAGAUUGCCGAAAAAUUUACCUUCAUUUCACCGCACUCUGUUUCACCUUCACCUAUGAGAAUGCAACAUGCAUUGGAAAAUUCUUUAAAAUCUUUAGACUUGUAUGAAGCAGAAGUAUCAUUCAAUGUGAGAAUAGUAUUAAUUUUAAUGGCAAAAGGUGGUGAAAAACAGUUUAGUUAUCGAGAAACAGAAGAUCAAAAACAAAGCGAUAUUCGUAAUAUGUUGCGUGACAUUAUCUCACAUCGUGAUUUUUGGACAAAAAAUAAUUUUUCUAAAUUAUUGAAAUGUCAUUUUGAUAUUUUACGUGUUUUUCCAUCUUGCGAAUCAAUACCUCAAGAUGUUCCAUAUACCAAGUUACCUAUUUCAAAUAUAUGGACAACAUUCUCGGCGACCGUUUAUAAUGUCCUUCCUCAACGAAAAUGUCUCACUCGUUCCAUGUUACAUUUGGUUCAAUUACAUCGUCAAUUGAAUACUUUAAAAUUAUUGGAAAGAAGUGAUAAUACAAAGACUACAUUCGAAAUCGAAUUGUUAUAUCCAGCAGAUAAUCAUCUGCCUCAUAGCAAUCCUAUAAAAUCAAAAAGAUCCCGCAUAUUUGAACCAGAUCAUUUGAAAGAACGACAAACUGUAGUAAAAUGGGUUAAAGCAAAGCUUUAUGGAUUAGAUGAGACUGUUACUCGAUGUACUCAUUUGGUCACACCAAUUGAUAUAUCUGCACCAACUCGCGUAUUAAUAACGAGUUUAGUAAAAGGUGCAAUAUAUGCUCUUUGUGAUCCAACUUCUUCUGUCACUAGCACAAAUAUUCACUAUGAAAACACUGUUCAGGGAAAAACACCCUUUUCACAGAUAUUAUGUUUUCGAGAAGUUCCUAAUGAUUUUAUUACUUCACAUAACGAAGAUUUAUCAACUUAUCUUUCGAUUUUUGAGAAUUAUAUUGUUAAACCAAAUAUCACGAAUAUUAAUAAUAUUAAUCAUGGAAAUUUUGAAACUAAACUAAUCAAAAUACCAGGAUUAUCAACUAUUGACAUUCUAACAACUCAAAGUUUGGAUGUAGAGACGCGAUGGAUAAAUAAUUCUAUAAUAAAAUUACAGAGCAGUUUGCCUACACCAAUAUAUGAUAUAAUUUCUCAAUUAAAAACUUUAUUAAUAGAAAAACCACCUGAAGAUUAUCUAAAAAUUGCAAAAAAUAUAUUGGAUCGACUUUUUGCAAUGGGAAAAGCUGAUUCGUUUCGUUCCAUUUCUCCUAAACACGCUAAUAUUUACGAAUUUUUUGUUGGACGAAUAAAACCUGAUGGUACCGAGAAUAAACCUUCUCAAUCAUCAAAUCAAUCAGAAUUAAUGUCAUCAUCGAUUAGUGAUCCAAUGACAAUUGUGAAAAAUGAAAAUAAAGAAAUGAAUAUUGCAUGGCAACAACUUGAUCAUUAUUCAUCAAUGUCAUAUAGAGAAAAACAAGAUUUCUUGGAAGGAAAUGAUGCCUUCCCUUCUUCAUCUCAACAAAUACCUCAAAUACCUGUUAGAACUCGUGGACAACCUUAUCGUGGUAGAGGUGGUUUCAUUGGACGUCGUCAUCAUGAUGAUAAACAUCAUGUUCGUAAUAAUUCUCCAACACCAUAUUUACAAUAUAAACAUACUGACGAAAUAACAUUAAAAAAAGAACAGGAAAGGUAUAUUCAAAAAUUAGGUGAUUCAAGAUCUUUCCUUUUUCAAUAUUGGAUGGGUAAAAAGAAAGAUAAGGAGUAUAAAGAAUUACAUAGAAAAGAUUUUGAUGGAAGAUUACCUCUCAAAGCUCAAUCAAAUCAUGAAGAAUAA